UGCCUUGCAAGCUUGCUGUCAAUGUUGAGUUAUUUUUCUGAGUUACAUUUCAGAGGUGCUGACAGUGGAAGGCAAGAAUUAUUAUCACUGUUGUCGAUCGUCAAAGAGUAUAGAGAAGAGAAUGGUGGACAUCAAGCGCUAGAAUGGAAGACAAGGGAAGAGCCUCGGCUCUGUCGAGACGAUAUCCAACGAGUGGCAAGCCAGCCACGAGCUAUGGCAGAGCCCGUGACGGUUCAUCGAGGCUGCCUCCUCUGCAGUCCGCUCGAACGAAGGAGGGUCAGAAUGGCUUGCCAUUUACAAUGGACUCACUGCCCGACUAUUCGCAGCGGCUCACUAUCUCUCGGCCACCCACUGGUCCGCAGCCAAAGACUCACUUGCGAAGUCGAACAUGGUCACACCAAAUUCCAGAGGGAAAGGAGAAGGAGAAAGGAAAGAAGUACAAUCCACAGCUGGAGGCCCUGGCAGCUGCCUCGACGGACAUGGCCUUCCGACGAGAUGGCAAGUCGAGAAUGGGCCGUGAUGCCAUGACAGCGGCUAGAAAGAGGCAGAGACCAGAAGACAUGCUACAGGCCCGCAUCAUGCGGCAAGACUACCGCGCCAGUCUUGUUAAGUACAUCAUGUGCCAUGACACGACAAGUUCUGUAACUGAGUCGCUCCAGGAACCAAGGCAACUUGACUCAGCUCUGCCCACCGCGGCACAGAAGACGGACUUUGCGGACAGUGAGACCAAGAUGCUUCGGUAUUACUACUACAUCCAGCAUGGAAUCGACACCAAGUUCAUAUCACCCAUGGAGGACACGUGGAUUGAAGCUAUCAUGCGCUUCGUGCCAAGGCCACUGCGCCAGCGGUUUGGCAAAGACGUGGAGGAGCUUUGUGACGAAGUUCGAGAUCGCUAUUUGCUGAGCGUCAAGAAAGCAAUUGUUGACUUUGUCCUGAAGGAUCCGCAUGCGCCCGAGUUCAACAUUGAAGACCGGCCGGCUCACAGACGAGAAAUUGCCAUAUGCCCCAAGCCAUGGGCCGACGAUUUCGAAGGGAGCAUGUCUUCCAUUCACAAGGGUCUGAUAAACUGCGCUACGAAUCGCAUCCAGGCCGACAUCCUGGCACUCUGGGAGCGUCAAUACACGAGUCUGCGUGCGGUGAAAACGGAAGACUUCUACAUGCGUCAGCCAAUGGAGCUUGCUGGUUUCAAGAGAAAGAUGUGGCAGCAAAUCGAUGAAGUGAAGGGUCUGCUGACUAAGAUCUGGCUACACGAAAUUCAGCUGAUCUGCUACAGCGGCAACAGUCGUCGGGGCAUUCCACCCAACAGGCUGCUGGCGUUCUUUGACGGCAUCGUUGUCAUCAUGAACCGCCAGCUGCGAGACAUGAUCAACAAAUCUCUGGUGCAGCUUACAGAUUUGCUUGCACCUGAUGAGGGUGGCAGUGGCAUGGUCUUCAAGAUACGCGCCAUCCUUGAUGGUGACAAGAUCCAGUUCGAGCCGUCUCAGAGCGAUUUCGAGAUCGUGUACAAAGCUCUGUACGACACUGUGCGCAAGGCAGCCAAUACCAUACCAAGACCAGAGUCGAAGCUGAUGGAUGGAGCGCAGAGUGGCUUCUUGAAGCCCUACAUCGAGAUUGGCUGGUGUGAACAGCUGAUGAACAAGGCACUGGAAAGACUGGCAGACUCCUUCCGCGAUCCAACGCAGUACCUGGAUGAGUACAAAGCGUACGAAGAUCUGAUCUCAAAGAAGGCGGAAGAAGAACUGGAAGCGUUCUUAUCAGACGAGGAUCGGAAAUUUGCCGAGCUCACUGAAGAACACGACAAGUUCUUGCAGAUCACGCGUUCUUUGAAGUACGGCAAGAGAGAGACGGUUCCGAUGGGUCUCAUGGAGCUGCAUUUGGGUGACCUGCACCGGGCUCUGAUCCGCCGCUCCGACGAGCUGAAGAACCGUAUCCUGCAGUCCGUACUUUCAAAGCACGGCGAGAAGACGCAGACGCUGGUCUCGGAGUUUGAGACAGUCACGGACAAGGCACUUACAACUCCAAGAGACACCGAUCACAUCGUCGAGUUGAAAGAGUACAUGCAGAACGUGCAGAACAAGGUGCUGCCGGAAAUGGAACGAUCCGUGCUGGAGACGAAAGACCGCCUGCUGUUCUUGGUUGAGUCAAUGACUUUGCCCACCGCUGAGCAGAAGAUGUGCAUGGAUGUGUUCAACUGGAACAACCGCAUAUCCGAUGUCAUUGCCCAGCACAAGGAAAUCAUCCAGCGCGCAACGCAGCAUGGCCAAGACGCUCUCAGGCUCAAGCGUGAGCGUUUCAAGGAAGAACUGCAGGGUUACAAGCGGCAGCUGGCCGAGUUUGUGACUUUUGAUGAUCUGAAGAAGAUGAAACUUUACGUCAAGAAAGCCAGUGCUUUGCAAGCUAAACUGGACACUGCAGCAGAGAAAGCCGAGCAGUUUAACCAGGAAGAGGACGCCUUCGACUGGGAGAGAACGCAGUACCCAGAACGUAUUGAGGCUGCUAACACGCUGGCACCAUACGUCAAGCUGUUCGACACCAUCCACAAUUUCGACGUCAAAUCCAACGAUUGGAUGUUCGGUCCGAUCGACAAUGUCGAUCCCGAUAUCGUGGAGCAGGACGCCGGCAGCAUGUCCAGGAACCUCUACAAAGCGGAGAAGCAAUUCCAAGACAACCCGAACCCUCUUGCCAUGGCCAAGGCGGUCAAGCUCAAGGUUGAACACUUCAAGGAGUACUUACCACUGGUGUCGUCACUCUGUAAUCCUGGCCUGCGUGAUCGCCACUGGGAGCAGAUGAGCGAGGUAGUGGGCUAUCCACUACGUCCUGACCCGGAUACGACAUUGAAGAGUCGCAUCGACAUGAACUUGGAGGCUCAUCUGGAACGCUUCGAGACAAUUAGCGAAGCCGCCAGCAAGGAAUUCUCCCUGGAGAAGGCCAUGGAGAAAAUGAUCACCGAAUGGGACGAGAUGGAGUUCACCAUGAUUGCAUACCGAGACACUGGCACAAGCAUUCUUUCAUCCGUCGACGACAUUCAGAACCUGCUUGAUGACCACAUUGUCAAAACGCAGACAAUGCGUGGCUCACCGUUUAUCAAGCCGUUUGAGGCGCAGAUCAGGUCAUGGGAGGGCAAGCUGCUGAUGCUACAAGAAAUCCUGGACGAGUGGCUGAAAGUACAGGCAACCUGGCUCUAUCUUGAACCGAUCUUCAGCUCUCCGGAUAUCAUGGCGCAAAUGCCCGAGGAAGGCAGGCGCUUUACCACCGUGGACAAAACAUUGAAAGCUGCCGUUACACAAGCGCUCAAGGACUUGCAUGUGUUGAAGGUCAUUGACAUCGACGAGUUGCUUCCCAAGAUGAAGAACAACAACGAACUUUUGGAGCUCAUUCAGAAGGGAUUGAACGACUAUCUGGAGAAGAAACGUCUGUACUUCCCGAGAUUCUUCUUCUUGUCCAAUGACGAGUUGCUCGAGAUUCUUUCGGAGACCAAAGAUCCAACUCGUGUGCAGCCUCAUUUGAAGAAGUGCUUUGAAGGCAUUGCAAAGCUCGAGUUCACCGAGAUCCUGGACAUCACACACAUGAAGAGUUCCGAGGGCGAGGUGGUGCCACUGAUUGACACCAUCUCCACUGCCAAGGCUCGAGGUCAGGUAGAAAAAUGGCUGCUGGAACUCGAGAUUGACAUGAUUGCCAGUUUGAAGAAGGUCAUUGCUGACGCCACACAGGCGUAUAUCAAGCGACCGCGCAUCGAGUGGGUGCGUGAGUGGUGCGGGCAGUCUGUGCUGUGCGUGUCACAGCUUUACUGGACAAAGUACACGCACGACGCGCUCAAGACUGGGCCAAAGGCUAUGGAAGAGUACCUUGCCUUGAACACCAAGCAGAUUGAGGAGAUUGUGGCACUGGUGCGAGGCAAGCUGCCGAAGCAGAACCGCACCACGCUGUCCGCUCUGGUCGUGCUGGACGUGCACGCCCGUGAUGUGCUGGCCCUGCUCGUGAAAGACGGUGUCCAGGAUGAAAUGGACUUCUCAUGGCUGAGUCAGUUACGCUACUACUAUGAAGAGGGCGAGCGGCUUGUGACGCGCAUGAUCAACUCCAUGCUGGCGUACGGGUACGAAUACCUCGGUAAUUCAUUCCGUCUAGUCAUCACACCGCUCACUGAUAGAUGCUACAGGACCCUGUUUGGCGCUCUGCAUCUUCAUCUCGGCGGAGCGCCAGAAGGCCCGGCCGGUACCGGUAAGACGGAGACGGUCAAGGACUUGGCCAAGGCCGUCGCCAAGCAGUGCGUUGUCUUCAACUGCAGUGACGGCCUCGAUUACAUCGCUCUGGGCAAAUUCUUCAAGGGUCUUGCAUCCUGUGGAGCCUGGUCAUGCUUUGAUGAGUUCAACCGUAUUGACCUGGAGGUGCUGUCUGUAGUCGCACAGCAGAUUCUGACCAUUCAAAUGGGCAUCAAUUCGGGAGCCAACACACUGCUGUUUGAAGGUACCGAGAUCAAGCUUGACCCGACUUGUUCGGUAUUCAUCACCAUGAACCCUGGCUAUGCCGGUCGAUCCGAUCUGCCAGAUAACCUCAAGGCUCUAUUCCGCACUGUAGCUAUGAUGGUACCAGACUACGCCCUCAUUUCCGAGAUCAUGCUCUAUUCAUGUGGAUUUAUCAGUGCUCGACCACUGUCUGUGAAAAUCGUGGCCACGUAUCGUCUGUGUUCAGAGCAGCUCUCGUCACAACAUCAUUACGACUACGGAAUGCGAGCUGUCAAGGCUGUGUUGACGGCCGCUGGAAACCUGAAGCUCAAGUAUCCCGAAGAGGACGAGGACAUAUUGAUGUUGCGAUCGAUCAUUGAUGUCAACUUGCCGAAAUUCUUGUCCUUUGAUCUACCGCUCUUUGAGGGUAUUACGUCUGAUCUCUUCCCUGGUGUCAAGCUGCCCAAAUCGGACUAUGGUGACUUCAUACAGUGUAUCGAGGAGAACUGCAUCAGAUUGAAUUUGCAGAUGACCGAGAUCUUCCUGACCAAGAUUCUUCAGAUCUACGAGAUGAUGAUUGUCCGUCACGGCUUUAUGAUAGUCGGAGAAGCCUUUGGAGGGAAGACCUCGGCAUAUCGUGUGUUGGCAGGUGCACUGAAGGACGUAGCAGAAAAGAAAAUCAUGGAGGAGAACCCUGUGCAGAUCACUGUGAUCAACCCCAAGGCCAUCACGAUGGGCCAGUUGUAUGGAAGCUUUGAUCCCGUCUCCCAUGAAUGGUCCGAUGGCAUUCUGGCCGUCAGCUACCGUGCGUUUGCCACGUCGCCGUCGAAUGACCGCAAGUGGCUGAUCUUCGACGGGCCAGUCGACGCCAUCUGGAUUGAGAACAUGAACACCGUUUUGGAUGACAAUAAGAAGUUGUGUUUGAUGAGCGGUGAAAUCAUCCAGCUAGCCAACACGACCAAUCUGAUCUUUGAGCCACAGGACUUGGAAGUAGCGUCACCAGCUACGGUCAGUCGCUGUGGUAUGAUCUACAUGGAACCUCACAUGCUUGGCUGGCGUCCACAUCUGCUCUCCUGGAUCAACACACUGCCGGAGACCAUCACUUCUGAUCAGAAGAAAUUCAUCACGGAGCUCUUCGAUCACAACAUCAUGCCAGGGCUACAGUUUGUCCGCAAGGGCGGCUUCAGUGAACUGUCUCCAACGUCCAACACCAACCUUGCAAAGUCGUGCAUGAACCUGAUGGACUGUUUGCUAGAUGAUUUCACCGAUCCUGUAAAGUUUAAGGAACUCAGCGCCCACCAAGCCAACAGGAGAAUCGAGGGCGCAUUCCUCUUUUCCUUUGUCUGGUCGAUUGGCGCCUCCAUCAGCAAAGCUGGCUGGCAAGCUUUCAGCGACCUGGUUCACGAGCUGAUGAGCGGCCCGCUGUCCCAGGAGACGAAACAGCGCUUGUUCAUUCACGAAGAAGUAGGCGCUCCCAAGCAAGAGUUUCAGCUGCCAUUCCCAAAGGGCCAUCUUGUGUACGACUAUCGCUUUGUGCCAGAGGGUGAUGGCAGUUGGGUGCCGUGGGUUAACGAAAUCGAGUCAGCGCCACCAAUACCAAAGGAUGCGGCUUUCAAUGAGAUCAUUGUGCCGACCGAGGACACCAUCCGCUACACCCACCUCAUGGACAUGCUGGUGACGCAUCAGAAGACAGUCCUGUUCGUCGGCCCCACUGGCACGGGAAAAUCAGUCUACGUGGUGGAUUUCUUGCUGAACCGGCUGCCAAAGAACGUGUACAAGCCGGUACUGAUCAACUUCUCAGCACAGACUACUGCCAACCAGACGCAGAACAUCAUCCUGGCCAAGCUUGAUAAGCGGCGUAAGGGUGUCUUCGGACCGCCCAUGGGGCAGAGGACGGUUGUGUUUGUGGAUGAUAUCAAUAUGCCGGCGAAGGAAGAGUACGGCGCCCAGCCGCCGAUUGAGCUGCUGCGCCAGUGGAUGGACCACUGGAACUGGUACGAUCUCAAAGAAAACACCAUGAUGAAGCUGGUUGACAUCCAGCUCAUGGCCGCAAUGGGACCUCCGGGCGGUGGACGUAAUGACAUCACCAUGCGAUUCCUGCGCCACUUCAACACCAUCACCAUCAACAACUUCAGCGACGAGUCGAUGACGCUGAUUUUCGGCCGCAUCAUGGACUGGCAUCUGUCCAGAGGAUUCGGUCCCGAGUACGCUGCUAUUGGCAAUCACAUGGUUGUGGCCACCAUGACAGUGUACAAGGAAGCCAUGAAGAACCUGCUCCCGACACCGCGCAAGUCACACUAUCUGUUCAACUUGCGUGACUUUGGCAGAGUGAUCCAGGGAUGCCUGCUUUCAACGCCCGAUGCACUGGCAGAGCCCAACGUUCUGCGCCGUCUGUGGGUUCAUGAGGUCAUGCGUGUCUUCUAUGAUCGUCUAGUAGACGAUUCAGACCGCGAGUGGCUCGUCGAAUGUCUUCGCACUGUUGUGAAAGAGAAGAUGACGUCUGACUUUGACACGAUAUUCGCACAAUUGGAUGCUGAUAAGGACGGCACUGUGACGGAAGACGAUCUGCACAGUCUGCUGUUCUGUGACUUCCUUGAUAAUAAAUCAAGUUCAUACCGUGAGGUGCUCGAUCUGGACAAGCUUCGUCGCACUGUAGAGGGACAACUGGAGGACUACAACAACAUCAGCAAGAAGCCCAUGAACCUUGUCCUGUUUAGGUUUGCUAUCGAGCAUGUGUCAAGAGUGAGUCGAAUCAUCAAGCAGCCUCGCAAUCAUGCCCUUCUUGUCGGUGUCGGUGGUAGCGGUCGUCAGAGCUUGACCCACCUUGCCUCCUCCAUGGCCGAGUUUGAACUCUUCCAGGUGGAGAUCAGUAAGAGCUAUACAUCGGUGGAGUGGCGAGAGGACUUGAAGCGCAUUCUCCGUCGCUCCGCCGAGGGUACCAGCCCGUGUGUGUUCCUCUUCACCGAUACUCAGAUCAAACAAGAGUCAUUCCUCGAGGAUAUCAACAACCUGCUUAAUGCCGGUGAAGUGCCCAACUUGUUCGCUGUGGAUGAACGUGCUGAAAUCUGUGAAAAGAUGCGCCAGAUAGACAAGACACGUGAAAGGUCUAAGCAGACGGACGGCACGCCAGUCGCCCUGUUCAACUUUUUCAUAUCACGUGUCCGCGACCAGCUGCACAUCGUCCUGGCGAUGAGCCCUAUUGGCGAUGCGUUCCGGCAGCGCCUCCGCAAGUUCCCGUCGCUUGUCAACUGCUGCACCAUCGAUUGGUUUCAGUCAUGGCCGGACGAUGCGUUGGAGGUUGUGGCGGAGCGAUUUCUGGAGGACGUAGAGAUGAGCGACGCCGAGCGGGGUGGCUGCGUGCAACUCUGUAAGAUCUUCCACCAGAGCACACGUGAGCUGUCUGAGAAGUUCUUGACCAUGCUGCAGCGACAUAACUAUGUGACGCCGACGUCCUACUUGGAACUGAUCAGCACCUACAAGACACUUCUCGCAAAGAAACGAAGUGAAGUAAGCAAGCAAAAGAACCGUUACAGUGUUGGUCUGCAGAAGCUGGCAUCAGCUGCUGAGCAGGUGACGGGUAUGCAGGCAGAGCUCAGUGCUCUGCAGCCGCAGCUGAAGGAGGCUGGCAAGGAGGUGGACGAGAUGAUGAUCGUGAUCGAGUCGGAGAGCAAGGACGUGGCGGAGCAGGAAAAGAUCGUGAAGGCCGACGAGCUGGUUGCCAAUGACCAGGCAAAGGAGGCGCGUGGCAUCAAAGAGGAGUGCGACUCUGAUCUAGCCGAGGCCGUCCCCAUCCUAGAAUCUGCCCUGGCUGCUCUGAAUACGCUAACGCAGCAGGAUAUUGGUGUUGUGAAGACCAUGAAGUCUCCACCAGCUGGCGUGAAGCUGGUCAUGGAAGCUGUUUGCAUUCUGAAGGACCUCAAACCGGACAGGAUCCCCGAUCCUGGUGGCACUGGGCGUAAAAUUGAAGACUUCUGGGGACCAUCUAAACGUCUUGUCGGAGAAAUGGGUUUCCUCAAAUCUCUACACAGCUAUGAUAAGGACAACAUCAACCCAGCCCUUAUCAAGAAGAUCCGCGACAUCUACGUUCCUAAUCCUGACUUUGUGCCGGAGAAGAUCCGAAACGCGUCCACUGCCGCCGAGGGUCUUUGCAAGUGGGUGCUGGCCAUGGAGAAAUAUGACAAAGUGGCCAAGGUUGUGGCUCCAAAGCGAGCCAAGCUGAAGGAAGCGAAUGCUGCCCUUGCCAAGGCUAUGGAGGCUCUGAGGGCCAAACAGGCUAGUCUGAAAGCAGUCCAGGACAAGCUGGCACGGCUAAGGGAGAAGUUCGACGCCAACACGCGCAAGAAGCAAGAUUUGGAAGAGCAGGUGGAUAACUGUUCCAAGAAACUUGACCGUGCCGAGAAACUCAUUGGUGGUCUCGGUGGAGAGAAGAAACGCUGGUCUGAAGUGGAAGCUCAGCUGGGAGUCGUGUACGACAAUCUCACUGGUGACGUACUAAUCUCGGCCGGCGUGGUGGCCUACCUCGGUGCAUUCACCACCGCAUUCCGACAGGAGCAAUGCAAGAAGUGGUUGGAAUGCUGUAAGAAGGGAGGUAUCAGCUGCUCUAAUGACUUCUCCCUGUCGACCACACUGGGCGAGCAAGUGGCCAUUCGCAGUUGGAACAUAGCAGGUUUGCCGACGGAUAGCUUUUCUAUCGACAACGGUAUCGUUAUCAGUAAUGCACGUCGCUGGCCAUUGAUGAUUGACCCGCAAGGCCAGGCUAACAAGUGGGUAAAGAACAUGGAGAAAGCAAAGAACCUACACGUUGUCAAGAUGACAGACAGCGACUUUGUGCGUACACUGGAGAACUGCAUCCAGUUCGGUACUCCGGUCUUACUGGAGAACGUCGGUGAAGAGUUGGAUCCUCUCUUGGAGCCGCUGUUGCAGAAGCAAACAUUCAAGCAAGGAGGUGCCAUCUGCAUUCGCCUUGGUGACAGCACGAUUGAGUACUCUAAGGACUUCAGGUUUUACAUCACAACAAAGCUGCGUAAUCCACACUAUCUACCUGAGACAGCCGUUAAGGUCACGCUGUUGAACUUCAUGAUCACCCCCGAGGGCUUGGAGGACCAGCUGCUCGGUAUUGUUGUUGCCAAGGAGCGCCCUGAACUGGAAGAGGAGAAGGUGCAGCUCAUUCUGCAGAGCGCAGACAACAAGAGGCAGCUGAAGGAGAUUGAGGACAAAAUUUUGGAAGUCCUUUCGUCGUCCGAAGGCAAUAUCUUGGAGGACAGUACUGCCAUCGAGAUCUUGUCGUCUUCCAAGGUCCUUGCUAACGAGAUCUCACAGAAGCAGGCCAUUGCGGAGGAAACGGAGCGCAAGAUUGACGACACGCGUGCUGGCUACAAGCCCAUUGCCGUGCAUAGCAGCGUUCUGUUCUUCUCCAUCGCUGACCUGGCCAACAUUGAGCCUAUGUACCAGUAUUCCCUUCCCUGGUUUGUCAACCUCUUCACCAAGUCCAUCGACAACUCCGACAAGUCCGACGAUCUCAUGAAAAGACUUGCCAUUCUGCGUGAUCACUUCACCUACUCUCUGUACUGCAAUGUGUGUCGAUCUCUAUUUGAGAAAGACAAGCUGCUGUUCUCACUGCUGCUCUGCGUCAAUGUACUGAAAGGCCAGGGAGAAGUGAAGGAGGCAGACUGGCGCUUCCUUUUGACCGGAGGUGUUGGUCUGGACAAUCCACACACCAUCCCAUGCCAGUGGCUACCGCCUAAGGCGUGGGACGAGCUGUGUCGCUUGAACGACAUAUCGGGUUAUGAUGGACUACGAGAUAGUAUGGGCAAGCAGAAUGCUCAGUGGAAGGCUGUAUAUGACAGUUCAGAGCCACAUAGCUGCACUCUGCCAAAGCCAUGGUGCGAUUUGACCACGUUCCAGAAGCUGCUCAUCCUGCGUGCACUCCGGCCCGACAAGGUUGUACCAGGUAUCCAGGACUUUGUCACGGAGAAGUUUGGCAAGAAGUUCAUCGAGCCACCGCCAUUUGACUUGGCAAACGCGUUCAGCGACUCACACAACGGAGCAGCACUCAUCUUCGUGCUGUCACCGGGUAGCGAUCCAAUGGCAUCGCUGCUCAAGUUUGCUGAUGAUAGGGGCUUCGGCGGCUCCAAGCUGACGUCGUUGUCGCUGGGUCAAGGCCAGGGGCCGAUAGCCAUGCGCAUGAUAGAGAACGGAGUACGCGACGGCAUGUGGGUCGUACUGCAGAACUGCCAUCUGGCAGUCUCCUGGAUGACAACGCUGGAGAAGCUCUGCGAGGAGCUCAACCCAGAUACGACUCAUCCAGACUUCCGCCUGUGGCUGACCAGCUACCCAAGUCCACACUUCCCCGUCUCCGUGCUACAGAACGGCGUGAAGAUGACCAACGAGCCGCCGAAGGGCAUGAAGGCAAACCUGCUCCGUUCCUACCUCAACGAUCCCAUCUCCGAUCCAGACUUCUAUGCCGGCUGCACGAAUAAGACUGCGUGGCGUACUCUCCUGUUUGGCCUCUGCUUCUUUCAUGCCCUUGUGCAAGAGCGGCGCAAGUUUGGCGCACUCGGAUGGAACAUUCCCUAUGAGUUCAACGAGACGGAUCUGAGAAUCAGCGUUCGUCAGCUGCAGAUGUUCCUGAAUGAGUAUGAGGUUGUACCAUUUGCUGCACUCAAAUACCUUACUGGUCAGUGUAACUAUGGUGGACGUGUGACAGACGACUGGGAUCGGCGUACUCUCAUCUGCCUGCUCGACAAGUUCUACUGCGCAGAGAUGCUGGACCAGGAUCGCUUCGCCUUCUCCGAGAGUGGAAUCUACCACGUCCCGCCCGUGGGCGAGUACGAAUCUUAUCUAGACUACAUCAAAUCGUUGCCACUCAUUCCUGACCCGGAAGUGUUUGGCAUGCACUCCAACGCAGACAUCACCAAGGAUCAACAAGAGACCAGCAUACUCUUUGACAGCAUUCUACUAACUCAGGCGCGCGCCAGUGCCGAGGGUGGCAAGUCCAGCGACGAUGUUGUGCUGGAAGUGGCCGCUGACAUUCUGGCCAAGCUGCCGCCAGCGUUCAACACGGAGGAGGUGUUACGCAAGUACCCUACUGACUAUAACCAGAGCAUGAACACUGUGCUAGUACAAGAGAUGGGCCGUUUCAACCGUCUGAUAGACACGGUGCACGGUAGCCUGGUCAACAUUCAGAAAGCAAUCAAGGGUCUUGUUGUAAUGUCCUCGGAGCUGGAAGAAGUUGUCGGUAGCAUUCUGACUGGCAAGAUACCGGGCAUGUGGAAGAAGAAGUCAUAUCCAUCUCUCAAGCCGCUCGGCAGCUACGUCAACGACUUCCUGGCGCGUCUGAAAUUCCUGCAGGAUUGGUUUGACACGGGGAUGCCCCCUGUUUUCUGGGUAUCUGGCUUCUACUUUACGCAAGCGUUCUUGACAGGUGUGCAGCAGAACUAUGCGCGUAAAUACACCAUACCCAUUGACUUGCUGGGCUAUGACUUUGACGUACUCGGUGACGAACUGCCCAAGACGGCACCGGAUGACGGUGCUUACGUCAACGGUCUGUUCGUGGACGGGGCACGUUGGGAUCGCAAGACCAAUGUCCUGGCCGAGUCACAUCCAAAGGUCCUGCAAGACACCAUGCCGGUGCUGUGGCUGAAGCCAUGCAAGCGUGACGACAUCCCCGACAAGCCAUCGUACACCGUGCCCGUGUACAAGACUAGCGAUCGACGCGGCACUCUCUCCACCACCGGCCACUCUACUAACUAUGUAGUGGCUAUGAAGGUACCAAGCGACAAGCCCUCGGAGCACUGGAUUCAACGUGGCGUCGCCCUGCUGUGUCAGCUGGAUGACUAGGUGAACGUCCAGAGAGGGAGAGAAACACUAUAAUUAUAACUAUAAUGCUCUUGCGCCGACCAGACACGAGUGCGUCGUUUCAGCGACAACCCUCCCCCCCCCCCCCCCCCUCCUUGAGUUCUCUAUACCUCUGAGAUCUCCCCAGGCUGCCAUGAAAUAAUAAUGAAAUGUGACUGCGCCACUCAGCGUGAUUUUUCUCAUGUAGUGUGUCCGUGCAUGUAGUUUGUCCAAUUGUUUCUUUUUGGACAGUGUCUGUAUGCGAGGCAGAAGUGGACGCCACAGAGUUUGCGUGGUAAGAGGUCGACUAUGGACUAUGCUGACUGCUCUGCACGCCCAUGUGUUUGUGCAUGCGUUUUGUCAUAAGCUACCAGAUUUGACACACACAUUGUAUUCUUGCUAUUCUAUAGACGUGCAUGCUGUGCAUACGUAGAUGAAAACUGCCACGAGAAGCGAGAACAAUGCAUGCCUCUAGCAACUCAAUGAUCACCUCUACGCUAAACAAGGAUACUGUGCGACAGAUUUGGCAUUUUUAUACAUGUAGUGUCACACAAUAGUACCAGACCAACAAGGAGUCGAGUACAUUGCCUUUCAGAUCUUCGUUUAUUUUCUAUAUUGAUUUGACUGGAGCAUUCUCGCUAUGUUGAUGGCUAUUCUUACAAGUAUGUUGAAGUGUUUGUGCCAUAUU